UGAGGCUGAGUAACGGUAACCAACAGUGUACAUAUUUUAGUGCAAAAAUAAACACAACUGUGAUAUAUUUUAUGAUAAAAAUGACUUUUAAGCCUGUUACCCACGUGUUGUUUGAUAUGGAUGGAUUGUUACUAAACACAGAAGAUUUAUACACUAUAGGUUUUCAGAAAAUCGCAUCUCGUUACGGAAAAGAAUUUACGUUUUCCCUAAAAAAUAAAAUCAUGGGUCAACAAAGUAAGGAGUUCGCUCGUAUUAUUAUAAAUGAACUUGACUUGCCGCUUACACCUGAUGAAUUUUUGACAGAGACAAGAAAAUUUUUUAAUGAUUUGUUCCCACAGUGUAGAAUAAUGCCUGCGGUUCCUGUAGCCUCGUAUGCCUGCUACACCAACUACUUUAAACAAGUAGCGAAUGAAUCCAUCGAUAGAUAUGUUAUCGCUAUCAUGUGCAAACAACAACGCCCGGCACCUUAUUCUUUCGGUGUUGAGAAGCUUAUAUAUCACCUGCAUAAAAAUAAUAUACCGAUGGGCUUAGCAACAAGCAGUAGUAUAGAAAGUUACGAGUUAAAAGCAUGUCAGCAUCGGAAAUUGUUCGAUUUACUCCCAUACAAGACAUGGGGCACGUCAGAUCCGCAAGUAAAAAACGGUAAACCCAGUCCGGAUAUAUUUUUCGUAGCCGCAGCUAAGUUUCCAGACAAACCUGCUACUGAAAAGUGCUUGGUGUUUGAAGAUUCGAUUAAUGGAGUAAAGGCUGCACGUGCGGCUGGUAUGCAAGUUGUGAUGGUACCAGAUCCACGUUUAGACCGAUCUCUUGCUACUGAGGCGACAAUUAUAUUGAACAGUAUGGAAGAUUUUCAGCCAGAAUUAUUUGGACUACCACCGUUUGAAAAUAAUAACAUAUAACACAUCGCUAAUAGAGAAUCUUCAUGUAAAACAAUAUAUGUAUAUAUCUAUCUAUAGUUAUGUUUUAUACAUUAUUAUUUUUAUAUAAUUAAAUAAUUUAUAAUUACUAAUAAUAAAUAAAUAUCCACAAUUAUUUAUGAUUAGAUAUUUUCUAACUACUAAUUGCAAAAUAUUAUAGUAGUAUUAUUAAAAUAUAAAAAGGAUUAUUAAUAUUACAAAUAUGAAAGUGUGUUUGUUUUCUUGUAUCAUAUUUCUUGGCCCUUUUACGGAGUAUUUAAGACACAAAAGCAAAAUUAUAUCCUGUUUAAUCACCAUAUCGUAGUCACACGGUUGCAGGCAAAUAAUUUAUCCUAUGACUAAUUCAAUAAAUUUGUGUUUCAAAAAUUUCGCGUGUGAAACUCGUAUCCUUUAUGAUAUGUUGGGUUCAAAUUUCCAAUCGCACAAUGAGUAUUAGUAUAUGGUUCUCACAUUUUAAUAAUAUUUCUAAAAUUAUUUAUCUACUAUAUAUUUAAGUUUUGAUCUUGUAAAAAAGUUUAAAAUUAAAUAUUGUGUUUGUAAAAAAA